CUCUUAAUAAAAAGGCAAUUUAAAAUGUUAAACUGAAGGGAAAAAAUCUUAAUCUUUAUAUCAAUUUUUCCUGUUAAAAGUAUCAAAUUAACAACUGAUCCUCUGCAUAUUAAGUAGACUCAUUUAUUCAUAUAUUAUCUGAACUGAAAAACAAAGUAUCUUACAAAAAAAUAUGAAGGCUUUUAUUGAACGGAAAGAAAGUUCAUCUGAUUUGCUCAGCAGAUAUAAAACAAGAAAAAUGUUGGGUGUAGGCGAGUCUUCUGGCAAUGUGAAUGCUUCGAAGAUGGCAGGAUUUCCAGUAUCCUAUGAUAAUCGAUUCCUUCAAGCGUUAUUCCCCGUUUCAAAUAUUGAUGAAAAUUUGAAUUCACCUGAAUCUUGCAGUAUCCGAAAUUCGUAUAAUACACAACUAAUUUUCAAGCAUUUUGGAGGCUUACACAUAACGUUAGCUUCUACUAUGUUAUAUGUCCUUUUGACGGUCAAAACAAAUGGGAUUCGCAUAUCACAAUUCAUAUCAUCCGUUUAUACAUUGACGAUACUGUUAAUUCAUCUGUCAACAAUGAAACAUUUUGAUCGGAUCACUUAUAUUUAUACUUUACUAACAAUUAUCACAUUCAUAUGUUACGCAAAGCUUUCAAGUACACAAACUAAAAGUUGGAUUAUAACCACUAAAAAUUAUAUCCUCAAUAGUUUAAAACCACAGAUUACAAAUUACCCGCCUACAAAUGAAACAGUAAAACAACAAUAAAAAAUGAACAUUUUACCCUACUGAAAUUUAUCUCAAAUCUCCGCUUAAACUACACAGAAUGAUAAUGAAGAAAACAAAAUAGAUUGACUUUUUUUCUAUGUAAAAGAUUUUAUUCACUGUCAAACAAUUUUCUUUGUCAAUUAGAGCCAUUAGUAAUCCCCAAUAAUGGACAAUUAAAAGUGACGAGUGGUUGGUAAGAGAAGAGAAUGUUCUGUCAUUCAUUUUAUAUCCUUGUUUUUGUACUUUUCCACUUACAACACUUAUUUGAAAUUAAUUUUCAAAUCGUCAUUUACUUGCCUUUUGUUUUAUCCAAUUAUCAAAUAAAACAGAUCAUUAUAUGAAUCAUUUUGAAAGUGAAAGUUUCUCCACUUGAUCUUUGCUUUUUGUUGUUAUUGUUGUUGCUGUUGUUGUUGUUGUUUGAAUCAUGACGCAUUUAUACGUGUUUGUCUCUGUAACACAUUUGUUCGCAUUUGAAGGAAACACUUUUUUAUGCUUACCGCACUAGUGUUUUGCUUCUUUCCCUAAAAAUCUUUUCAAAAAUGCAGAAAUUAUUAAGACAGAUUUUGUACAGCAUUAUUAUUAUUAUUCUUAUCACUAUUUCGACCAGAAUGUGAAAUUUAUUCGGUUUCAUUUGUGGCUUUCUAAAUUUCAAGCAAAUAUUUUUAUUUGAAUUCCUCUAAAGAAUUUUCAGUGUGGAUCGGUGUUGUUCCUCUAACUUUCGGUUUCUGUUCACUUUGCUUCUACUUCACUUUAGAAGUGAUUCGACAAAGCAUUUACUGGUUAAAUGUGUAUAAUAAAUGUGAAUUAAUUUCAUUUAUUUUCGAAAAUGUUUACGUACACAUGUGCUGUAAUCGAUCCUUUUAGUGUUUAAGAAAAAAAUAAACUGUAGAUAUUUG